AUGUUAAAUUCAAAAUAUGUUAAAUUAAUGUCUGCGGAAUCAUUAACUAAAGGCUCUAAAGAAUUGUGGAAACACGUUUCCUCAGAAACUUCGAAUGAACAAUCAAAUAUUACUACUGCAAAAAUUGAUCUCGAAUGGCUUCAACAAGUGGCGGAUGAAUUAUAUGAUGACGACUCAAUAAGUUUCGUUAGAGGAAUAUUUCAACCUUUUUCUAAUUUGUUGAAUAUGAUACCGAGUCAAUUUCUUGGUGAUAAAUGUCCUAAAGACAGUCUGGAACUACUGAUGGGUGUUACCUUACUUGACAAGUGGGCAUUACAAAUGAUAGAUGCUAGUGGAAAACCAUCUAGAAAUUUAUUACAAGGAAACAAUAUAUGGUUUGGUAGUUAUGAUGAUUGUUUAAAAAUACAUCAUACAGUUCCUGAUAAUACUGGACAUGUUAUAGAUGGGGCUUACGCAACAAUGAAGAUGCCAUUACCUAAAGAUGUUACUUUAAUGUUCAGUGCUGGGCUUAAUGUAUUUGGUGAAUCAUCUGAAUAUCUCAGAUGGGAUCUUUGUGUCCCAAAAUCAUGUUCCAGUGACCAGAUCAUAUCUAUGUUUCAUACCACACAACUAAGAUCUCUGGGUUUUUCAAUAGCAUCUGUUGAUUUUGUUGGUCCGAAAUCUCUGGAAGGUGAUACAGCAUCUUACGUUUCUAUAGCAAUUCUAGGUUGUUUUGUAUUGUUAUGUAUUAUUGGUACAAUAUGGGAUAUUAUACAAGAUAGAUACACCACUUCCACAAAGGCCGCCGACAACUGUCAUCAAAAUAGUGGAAAACAAACUGGGACAGGAACAGGAACUGUUAUAAAUGACGAUGGACAACUUUCUACAAGGAGAGAUGCGAUUGUGAAACAAACACCUGAUAACUUUAAUACUGUUGAUCAUCGGCAGCGAAAUGAUAUGUCAGAAUCAAAUGGUAUCUCACAACCAAGUAACAGUUUACAACUUACUAGCGUACAUGUUGAGGAUGUUGUCUUAAAAGAGUCAAAACCAAGCCUUCAAAAAUCAAAUUUAUCUAGAGUUUUGCUGGCAUUUUCUGUUCGUGAAAAUGGUAGAAAAUUAUUAAACUGUUCUACACCUCCUGGUUCACUUGGUUGUUUAAAUGGUAUACGUGUAUUAAGUAUGGCUUGGGUUAUACUAGGCCAUUCAAUAAGAAUGUCAAUAGAGCAAUUAGAAAAUAAAACAGAUCUGUGGAACAUGUCCAAAACCUUUUGGUUUCAAUUUAUUCCCAAUGGUUCGCUUUCAGUUGAUACCUUCUUUUUCUUAAGUGGUCUGCUUGUGUCAUAUCUUUUUAUAAGAGAAGUACAGAAAAUUGGAAAAGUCUCCAUAAAACAGAUGGGUUUAUUUUACUUUCAUCGUUUCUGGAGAUUAACGCCGCUCUAUAUGAUAGUGAUAAUGAUAUAUACAAACCUAACGAAGUAUUUUAUUGAGGGGCCUAUGGAAAAUCGACUAAAAGCCUUAUUAAUAACUGAAGAAAGCUGUAAAAGUUCUUGGUGGACUAAUUUAUUGUAUAUAAAUAAUCUGUACUUUGGAAACCAUAGAAUGUGCAUGGGAUGGAGCUGGUAUCUGGCUAAUGAUAUGCAGUUCUACAUACUCAGUCCAUUAGUCCUUGUUCCACUUGCUCUUGGCUAUCGUGUUAUUGGAUUAUUGAUUAUAUUGUGUAUGGUUGCUUCUCAGAUUAUAUCUACGGGUUAUAUUGCAUGGCAUAACGGAAAUCCAACUCUUGAGACACAACAUGGUGCACAAUUCUUUAAAGAAGUUUAUAUAAAACCAUAUGCUAGAAUAGGGGUGUAUGCCAUUGGAUUAUUAUUGGGCUAUAUUAUUAACAGAACUAAAGGCAAACAGCAUAUUUCUGGGGUGGUCGUAUUGUUUGUUGGAACACUAGUAGCAGGUACUGCAGGUUUAUUAGUAAAUUAUCUAACAUAUGAUCAGUUUAUUGGAGAUCAUACACAUUGGGAAUCUGAAUCUAAUAUCGCCUUCCAAACAUUAUUUAGACCGGUCUGGGCCCUAGCACUGUUCUGGCUAGUAUUUGUUUGUGUACAUGGAUAUGGCGGUUUUGUGAAUACAAUAUUAUCAUGGGGAGCCUGGAUACCACUUUCUAGAUUAACAUAUGCAGCUUAUUUAAUUCAUCUGAUAGUUUUGACAGUUUUUCUUGGAAAUAUGAGAGGAUAUGGAUAUCUGACAAGGUUUUAUAUAAUGAACAACUAUAUUGGUAUAUUUGCUAUAACUUAUGCUGCUAGUUUUAUUAUCUCGGUAGUAGUUGAAGCACCCUUCUUAGCUCUAGAGAAAGUUAUGUUUAAACGAUGA